CUCGCCUUGAAUCCCACAAUUGACAAUGUUAAUGGUGUGCGUGUCUCUCUCUCUCUCUCUCCCUCUCUUUUUCUGACUCUGUCGCUACAUCUCCUUGAUCUCAUUUCCCAAUGCUCUCUGCCUGCCAGGCUGUACAAGUGUCGCGGGGUACUCUCGAUCAACCAGACGACCGCCCAUUUGGUGAGCGCGCCGUGGCGAUACGGUUUGAGGUCAGGGACCUGAGCAUCAUCCCUGGUCACACUACGCAGGAUCCGAGCCUCGACGGCGCCGGGGCCGAGUUCGAGGGGCUCGACUUCAGCCUGGGCCUGCUGGACGUUUCGAACUCGGUGGUCUUCUCGGCGGAGGACCCAACGUCGCCUACGGAGCGCUUCCACAUCAACGCCGUCCACUGCGGCUCCAUUGCGACGGCAGAGUUCUUCUCCGACCACACCUAGGAGAGCAGCAAUCCGGCGGAGCCCGCUGAACCGCAAGUCCUCGAGGCGCCCAGCACGGGCACGCUACGCGGCCGCGCGGGCCGCGCACCAGGAGACCCGGA